GAAAUAUUCUAGUAGAGAGAUAACAGGAAAGCCUACAGCUGCAGCUUUUUACAUUUCCUAUUUAUUUAUACCUGGCGAAUGGAAAAUAAGACGUAUUCUGUGUAAGAGAUGGAACCCGGACUGUCAUCAUGGAAAUUUAAAUCAAAUACUAUACUAGUAAAGGCUGCAAAUGACUCGCUGAUAAUACAGUUUUGGUUACCUGUUUUCCUUUUCUUAACGCAAUGGCUUCAUUGUUUUGGAGAUAUUAUGUUUACUGUUCAAGAGGAAUUACCAAACGGUGUUUUGGUUGGUAAUCUAAAUGAAGAUUUAGGGCUCGGCAAUGGAAAAUAUACCAGCCGUGAACUCAGUAUGGACUUUGCUGACGGUAAGCAAUAUUUAUUUAUAAAUCCAGAGGAUGGAAAUGUGUUUAUUAAUGAAAGAAUUGACAGAGAAAUUAUAUGCGGCACCACUUCGCCAUGUCAUAUUAACCUACGGGUAGUAAUGAAGCAUCCAUUUCAAUUAUUCAGUGCUAAAAUGGACAUACUAGAUAUAAAUGAUAAUGCGCCUACCUUUCCGGUUAAUAACCUGCACAUCAGUAUUAAGGAAUAUGUUCCCGUAGGGACCAGGUUCGCGAUUCAGAGCGCCAGUGAUGAAGAUGUGGGCUCCAAUGGGAUAACAAAUUACAAGCUAAGCGUUAAUGAUCAUUUUUCUUUGGACAUUGGCAGUUCGACUGAUGGUGGUCUGACAGCUCACCUUGUCUUAGAUAAAAGCCUGGACAGAGAACAUAAGUCAUUGCACGAACUCUUAGUGAUAGCAAUUGAUGGGGGUGAACCGCAAAGGACUGGGACACUCCAAAUCGUCAUUAACGUCUUGGAUGCCAAUGACAAUUCUCCAGUCUUUGAGAAACCUGUUUACAAAGUCAGUUUAGCUGAAGACACACCAGCAGGGACAUUAGUAAUUCAAGUGAAAGCUACGGAUCGGGACGAAGGAACAAAUGGGGAACUCGUGUAUUCAUUUAGUAGGCACACACCAAAGAAACUGCGCGAUAAAUUUGAUAUAAAUUCCUACUCUGGUGAAAUUCGUCUGAAAAAUAUAACAGGCAUGGAUGAAACCAAAUCCUAUGAACUGCACGUACAGGCUGCAGAUAAAGGUCCGUCUGCACUUUCUGGGUAUUGUAAAGUCCUGUUGGACAUUACAGACGUCAACAAUAACCUGCCUGAGAUUGCAGUAACGCUGGUCUCUGAUCAGAUCAUGGAGGACGCAGAGGUAGGAACAGUGGUGGCACUGGUCACUAUAACUGAUAGAGAUUUCGGGAUAAACGCUGUGGUGAGCUGCCAUAUCACCGACAACAUUCCUUUUAAACUUAGAUCAGUUGCUGAAUAUUAUACUUUGAUAACCGAUGGUCCUUUAGAUCGAGAAACCGUUGGUUCCUAUAAUAUCACUAUCACUGCCAUUGAUUCCGGGUCACCCCCUCUUUCAAGUGAAACAAAUAUUAUUGUCCACAUCGCUGAUGUAAAUGACAAUCCACCACGUUUUUCACAAGAAUUAUACAAAGUGUACAUAAAUGAAAAUAAUUCAGUAGGGGAUUUCAUCUGUCAGGUCUCUGCUUUGGAUCCAGAUCUGGAUCGGAACAGUAGACUUACGUAUACACUUUUAGAAACGGAUCGCGACAGCUUGCCCGUAAUGAAGUACGUGUCAAUAAGCAAUGAAAAUGGAAAUGUAUAUGCUAGGUCAAUUUUUGAUUUCGAGAAGGAAAGGAAAUUUGAGGUACUAAUUCAAGCCAAGGAUCAAGGCAACCCACCCCUAAGUAGCACAGCCACAGUGCAGGUGUCCAUUGUAGACCAGAAUGACAAUCCUCCCAUGUUCUUGUAUCCCCCCACAACAGAUGGGUAUGUAGCAGUAGAAAUGGUCCCUCGUUCUGCUGAAGUAGGAUUCUUGGUGACUAAGGUCAUAACUGUGGAUGCGGACUCUGGCCAAAAUGCAUGGCUGUCGUACCAGUUAUUACAAGCUAGUGACACCAGUCUUGUCAACGUUGAUGGACAAACGGGAGAAAUCAAAAUCUUACGCAACAUCAGGGUCACCGACUCCAACAAGCACAGACUUAUUAUUGAAGUAAAAGACAAUGGGAUACCCAAACGAUCUGCUUCUGUAACUAUCGGGUUAUGGUUAUAUGAUACUUUUCCACAAGUGUUGCCCGAUUUUGAAGACGUUGAGAUCUCGGACAACCCGAUUUCCAACUUGAAUAUUUAUUUAAUAAUAACCGUAGUGUCUAUCGCCUUUCUUUUCUUUGGGUUUUUAAUUAUUCUGAUAUCUGUGUUAUGUUACAGACAGGAGUAUGUAACCAGCUGUCCUUGUUUGUCCAUUUGUUGUGACUUUGAGAUUGCGAGCCACAAGAUGAAAACACCUGGUCCACUCAUUUCUGCCUUACCAACCGACCUUCUGGAUGUUGCUGGUUCGGAAACACUUUCUCACAAUUAUCAGUAUAAGGCAUUUCUUGGGUUUGUUCCUCAGACUGGCACUGCGCUUCCAGUAAAUUCUAGCAUGAUGGACAGUGAGAAUAACAUCACAUCAGAAGGGCUCUGUGUUCAAUUCGCAGAUAUGGAAGGAAAUGUAACGCAAGGAGACGCUGUGCAAGUGCUUAGUGAUGAUAGAGGUGGUCCCUGGGAACUACAAUUGGAAAAGGCAGAACUUAUACGGCAGCUCAUGCUUCAUUCUUAUGCAUGGCCUGGACUUAUUGAUCUUUGCAGUAUUAACAGCAUCUUAAAUUUGAAAGCUUUAGUGCCUACUAGCCCUCCUAGCCCGAACUUAUUUCGCUCUAAUACACCAACGGAACAAGCGAAUAUAGUGUCUUUUUUCAACACGCUUACUCAAAGGUUAGACAACAUUGUCAACCGUUUGGAUGCCAUUGAGAAUAACAGCAAAAGUAUACCAACUACUUUAAGUGCACUCCAGUUAAGUGGAUCUUCGAAUUACCCUGUUUCUAGAGAGGAGAACCAACUCAGGAAUGGGAACGACGUAUCAAACUGUAUGAACAGUAUACCGCCUGGUCAGAUUUCGAGAAGUGGAAAUGCUCAAGAACUUGGUACAACUAACCCUGAUGAUCUACCUAGUAAAACGAACGGAGACAUUGUUUCCACUAACAGUAUUCCACCAGGCCAGAUCCAAAGAAGUGGAAACCAACAUGAUUUGGGCGUAAAUAUUACGAAUUCAACCACUAGUAACAACACAGGGUUUGUGAAUGUUUCUAACUUUACCGAAUGGGUCAACAAUUUUGACAACCUGACAUCAGGCUUCCAAUUAAACCAGGAGCAACUGAUCGGUGACACCCCACUUGAAUCUGUAAGUAGACCUACAAUUUCAGAAAAAUUAAAGACUCUUGACUUUAAAUUAGUCAAAAUAAAAAAACUUCAACUAGAAGUAGUUUAUUUUAAACAAUGCUUAAAGGAAAGACUUGUACCAAAAGGGCUGAGAAACUACCAGUUUCCAACUGGUUUGGUACCAGAUUCAAUGUUCCAUAAAGAAUUGAUGAACUUGUUUGAUAAUUCUGGUUUUACCCUUAUGGAACUUAUGAUUAAACAUUAUACAGUUCAAAUUGAUGAACUAUUAGUAGAAGUUAACAGCCUCGAUAUUGAUGUUAAAGCAGACAUUAACUUUACUAGAUACAAGUAUGACUACGAUAGGGUGUUUUCGAGUAUUGACCAAAUGAUAGAAAAACUCAAAGUGAAUAAAAUAAGGAAACUUAACCGUGACCGUUUGGCUUACUCUAAUGGCUCAGCUUAUCCUAGACCUAAAACAUCUCAAGUCUGGAAUAAUGAGACAUUGACAUCCAAUAACACUGAGGCUAAUCGUUUCAACAACAACUCUCAUGACUGUAAUUUAGGUGAUGACUCUGACUUGUGUCCACCCACAGAACCUGUGAGACGCAGUGAAAGACUACAGGCUAAUAAUAGAGAAAACUCUAAAGGUCAACAUCAACAACAGGCUGAGAGACCAACAGACCGAGUGGGUAAUGAGCAGGGUUUUCACCUAGAUGGACAAACUAUGAACAAAUCCAACUUCAAAACACCUCGGAACCAGAGGAACAAAGGGAACAACAACACCCAUAACACUAUGCUCAAAAUUGCUAGUGUCUUUAAUCCGCCAUUACACCCUUUAUUAAAGAAUUUUGAAAACAUGUGUGAACUAGACAUUAGACACAUUCCUUUUUUGCGUAAUGAGAUAAAAAGCACUAAUAAUACAAGCCAUGAACAACUUCAAGCUUUAGAGUUUUUAAGAUCUCAAUCUAUAAGAUGUAUAAAGCCGGACAAAGGAGGGGGACUUGUCAUUAUGGACUAUAGUGAUUACAACAACAGGAUGGAGACAGUACUUGACAGUGCUGCUUAUGAAAUAGCUUCAAUAAAUGAAUAUAAUAUUGCAUUGUCAAGGGUCAAAAGUUACUUUAGGGACCUGUUCAUAGAAGGAAGGAUUAACAUUGACACUUUCAAUUAUAUCAAUAUUACAUUUCCUAGACUACCUAUUAUGUUCGGAAUCCCUAAAAUUCAUAAAAACUUGUCUAACCCACCUAUGAGACCAUUGAUUGAUGGUAGAGGUUCUCUGACCUACCCUUGUGCCAAAGUAGUGGACUUGAUUUUGCAGAAAUUUCUAAAAUCAAUUCCACGAGUCUGUAAAGACUCUUGGUCAUUACUGACCGACUUAAACGAGGUCAUUUUAGAACCUAGUGACAACUUUUUAACAAUAGAUGUUGUAGACCUCUACACCUCUAUUCCACACUUGGAAGUGGUUGAAUGGACAUCCUUGAUACUCAAAGAGAUGGAAGCAUUAGAAAAUGAGAUUGAUCUAUGUCCUGUAUCGGUACCGAAAAUGAUUAUGACAACACCUGUUCACGGAAUACAGUGGCAGGUAGCCAUUUUCGUUGUUGUAUGCUGCUGGCCCUGUGGUUUUGGAGAUACCAUUCUAAUUGUUCCCGAAGAGCUACCCAGAGGUGCUUUAGUGGGAAACAUCGCUAAAGAUUUCGGGAUCGGUACUGAAAACCUACCUGCCCGGGAACUCCGCAUAGUGUUUGGAGACAGUAAGCAGUAUUUAACUGCAAAUUCUGAUGAUGGAAAUUUAUUUAUUAAUGAAAAUAUUGACAGGGAAAUUAUUUGUGCCAACCAGAUGCCUUGUCAUGUUAAUUUUCAGGGUUUAAUGGAACACCCAUUUGAAAUAUUCAAUGUAGUGAUGGAAAUACUAGAUAUAAACGACAACGCGCCUACAUUUCCCGUUACUGACUUACAUUUCAAUGUAGCGGAAUCGGUUCAAACCGGAACAAAAUUCCCCAUUCGGCGCGCCCAGGAUUCAGACGUAGGAUCCAACGCCUUAAGUAAAUACUGGAUAAGCACCAACAAUCAUUUUACUUUGGAUGUUAAAAAUUCAUCUGAUGGUGGUCUGAUUGUGCAACUUGUCCUUGAUAAAAGUCUAGAUCGGGAAGAAAAAACAGUGCAUUACCUCUCGUUAAUAGCCGCUGAUGGGGGCGAACCACGGAGGUCUGGUUCCGUCCAAAUAAUUGUUAACGUCUUGGAUGCAAAUGACAAUUCUCCCGUGUUUGAUCAAGCCGUUUACAAGACGAGUCUACCAGAAAAUUCACCGGUAGGAGCUUUGGUAAUUCAAGUGAACGCAAAUGAUUUAGAUGAAGGUACAAAUGCAGACAUCGUGUAUUCAUUUAGUAGCCAUACAGCAAACGAAAUGUUAGCUGUAUUUGAUAUAAAUCCCUCCACCGGUGAGGUUCGCCUAAAACGUACAAUAGACUUGCAUAUUGAUACGGACUACGACUUGGAAGUCCAAGCUACAGACAAAGGUUUUCCGGCCCUGACGGAAUAUUGCAAGGUCCUAGUGGACAUUAUAGACAUAAACAACAAUGCACCAGAAAUUGUAGUAACUCGGGUUUCCAGCCAUCUUAGGGAAGAUUCCUCAGUAGGGACAGUAAUUGCUUUAGUAAGUGUAACGGACCGUGAUUCUGGAGUUAACGCACUGGUCAGGUGCCGUAUUACAGAGGGGAUUCCGUUUAAACUGAAGUCCAGCAACAGAUACUAUACGUUGGUAACGGAUGGUCCUUUAGACCGAGAAGACGUUUCCGCAUAUAAUAUCACAAUCUGUGCUACAGAUUCAGGUAACCCUCCUCUUUCUGCAGAAAUGCACAUUUUUGUCCAGAUUAUUGACGUAAAUGACAACCCACCAAGAUUUCCUAAAGACACCCUCAAGGUCUAUGUAAAGGAAAACAAUUCAGUUGGGGAUUUCCUGUGCCAGAUUAUUGCUAUGGACCCAGAUUUAGACGAGAAUGGCAGAGUUACUUAUUCCGUUCUGGACAAUAAACUUGACAGUUUGCAUGCUAUGAACUAUGUAUCAGUAAGCACAGAAAGCGGAAAUGUAUAUGCCAAGUCAGUUUUUGACUACGAGAAACUCAAGACCUUCGAGAUACUGGUUGAAGCAGUGGAUAAAGGUAGUCCGUCCUUGAGCAGUAAUGUAACCGUUCAGGUUACCAUUGUGGACCAGAAUGACAACGACCCUGUCUUCUUAUACCCUUCUACAGCAAAUGGGGAUGUACCAGUGGAAAUGGUCCCGCGUUCUGCAGAAGCAGGAUUCUUGGUGACCAAGGUCAUAACAGUUGAUGCAGACUCUGGUCAAAACGCUUGGUUGUCCUACCAAAUACUACAAUCUAGUGACCCCAGUCUUUUUAAUAUUGAUCAACAAACUGGAGAAAUCAAGAUCUUACGCAUCAUCAAGGCAAUGGAUCCCAGCAAACAGAAAAUUGUCAUUGAAGUGAAGGACAAUGGUAUACCAAGGCGGUCAGCUUCUGUAACUAUAGGGCUACUCCUGUACGACAGUUUCCCACAAAUACUACCUGAUUUUGGAGAGGAGGUGGAAAGUGGUGUCCACAUUUCUAGUUUAAACAGGUAUUUAUUGAUAAGCGUGGUCUCCAUUUCGUUUCUUUUCUUCGGGUUUCUAAUUACUCUUUCUUCAUUGGCAUGUCGCAGACAACUUAAUACAGGCAGCAGGACUUGUUUCACCAUUUGCUGUGAAAGCGAGUAUGACCGUUAUAUAUUAAAAAUCCCCGUUCCUCCUAAUUCAACCCUGCCUGCAGACAUUCAGGAUAAAAGAUAUUCUGAAACACUUUCUCAUAAUUAUCAUUACAAUGCAUUUGCAUGGAAUAGUUCUCAGAAUGCCAAUGUAAGUUCUGAAACUUCAGAUGUUGGAGACAAUGGCAAACAAGACUUCUCACAAGGAUAUUGCCUUCUGAUUCCAAAUGUGGAAGGACAAGUUAGCAAGCAAGUUAAUAUGGUAUGUAAGUAAAAGCACACAUACUAC